CUUGCAUGAUUUCCUUUUGUAUUUUCUGAAUUCUAUAACUGUUUUGUUUCUUGACAGAAAAAAUAAGUUCUUCUGCAUGCAUAAUGGAAAAUGGAUCAUUUCUACUGCUUUCUAUGAACAAUUAAAUAAAGAAAAAAAAAUUAAGCUGGAGAAUUUUUUUCUAUUUCCUUGAACUUUUUGACACUUUGUAAAGAUCCAUAAGCACUGUAACAGAUCAUUUAUUGAUAGUACUACAGCUUGGAAAAAAGAUUUUAGAAAUGGCUUCUCUUGAAGAAAAUGCAUAAAUGAAAAAAAUAUUAUGCUUGACUGAUAAGAUAGUUUGCAUGAGUUCCGGAGAAGAUGGCUUAUGUUAGCCCAAAGGAAUUUGCACUAAUAUUUGGAGUAGUGGCUGCUUGCUACUGGAACAGUCUAUUUUGUGGCUUUGUUUUUGAUGAUGUUUCUGCCAUUUUGGACAAUAAAGAUUUGCAUCCUUCAACUCCAAUUAAGAAUCUUUUUUUGAAUGACUUCUGGGGAACACCCAUGUCUGAGGAGAGAAGUCAUAAGUCAUAUCGACCCUUCACUGUCUUCACAUUUCGUUUGAACUAUCUUUUCAGUGAAUUAAAUGCUAUUUCUUACCACUUCCUGAAUGUCAUCUUCCAUGCAAUAGUUUGUAUCAUCUUCCUCAAAGUCUGUAAGCUUUUCUUAGACAACAAAAGCAGUUUGGUUGCAUCUUUAUUAUUCGCAGUGCAUCCCAUACAUACUGAAGCAGUAACUGGUGUGGUGGGCAGAGCAGAACUUCUCUCCUCAAUCUUUUUUCUAGCUGCUUUUCUGUCCUAUACCAGAUCCAGAGGGCCUGAAAACACUAUAGUGUGGACUCCUAUUGCAGCAACAGUUUUUUUGGUGGCUGUUGCUACAUUAUGUAAGGAACAAGGAGUAACCGUGGUGGGGAUAUGUUGUGUCUAUGAAGUAUUUAUUGCUCAAGGGUAUACGGUGCCAAUUCUUUGGUAUACAGUGCUACACAUUCUUCAAGGCAAAGGCAGCAUUCCCUACUGUAUGCUUCAAAUGCUAUUGAAACUAAUUGUUCUGAUGUUCAGUACCCUACUACUUGUUGUGAUCAGAGUUCAAGUUAUUCAGUCCCAGUUACCGGUGUUUACAAGGUUUGAUAACCCAGCUGCUGUGAGUCCAUCUCCUGUGAGGCAGCUGACUUUCAAUUACCUCCUUCCGGUAAAUGCUUGGCUGCUUCUGAAUCCUUCUGAAUUGUGUUGUGACUGGACAAUGGGCACUAUCCCAUUGGUAGAAUCCAUGCUGGAUGUAAGAAAUAUUGCCACUGUCACCUUCUUCUGCUUUUUGGGCACUUUGGUCGUCUUCAGUCUCCGGUAUCCUGGGGAUUCCUCCAAGACUGUAUUAAUGGCACUUUGUUUAAUAGUUUUGCCAUUCAUCCCAGCGUCAAACCUUUUUUUCCCUGUUGGCUUCGUAGUAGCAGAACGAGUGUUAUAUGUUCCCAGCAUGGGAUUCUGCAUGCUAGUUGCUCAUGGGUGGAAAAAGCUGUCAAGUAACAGUACCCUGAGAAAGCUAUCAUGGAUUUGUUUGUCUUUGGUUUUGUUCAUUCAUGCUUUAAAAACAUUGCAGAGGAACUGGGAUUGGGAAUCGGAAUAUACAUUGUUUAUGUCUGCUUUAAAGGUAAAUAAGAACAAUGCCAAACUCUGGAAUAAUGUGGGUCAUGCUUUAGAAAAUGAAAAGAACUUUGAAAGAGCAUUGAGAUUCUUCAUACAGGCCACCCAAGUUCAGCCAGAUGAUAUUGGCGCCCAUAUGAAUGUAGGAAGAACUUACAAAAAUUUAAACAGAACCAGAGAAGCAGAAGAAUCCUAUUUAGUUGCAAAAUCAUUGAUGCCACAGAUUAUUCCGGGUAAAAAAUAUGCUGCGCGAGUCGCUCCUAACCAUCUGAAUGUUUACAUAAACCUUGCAAACCUGAUUCGGGCAAAUGAGUCUCGUCUUGAAGAAGCAGACCAAUUGUAUCGUCAAGCCAUUAGCAUGAGGCCAGAUUUCAAACAGGCCUACAUUAGCAGGGGUGAAUUGCUUCUAAAGAUGAAUAAACCCCUGCAAGCUAAAGAAGCUUACCUAAGGGCUCUUGAAUUGGAUCGAAGCAAUGCAGACCUAUGGUACAACUUGGCAAUUGUUUACAUUGAAUUGAAAGAUCCCUCUGAAGCUCUGAAAAACUUCAAUCAGGCAUUAGAACUGAAUCCUAGUCACAAACUAGCCUUGUUCAAUUCUGCACUAUUGAUGCAAGAAUCUGGUGAGGCCAGCCUUAGGCCUGAAGCUAAAAAGAGACUUCUAAGUUACAUAAAAGAAGAAUCUCAAGAUGCUAAUGGUUAUUUUAACUUAGGCAUGCUUGCAAUGGAUGAUAAAAAAGAUGAUGAAGCUGAGAUGUGGAUGAAAAAAGCCAUAAAGCUACUUCCAGGCUUCCGCAGUGCUUUGUUCAACUUGGCCUUGCUUUACUCUCAGACUGCAAAAGAACUGAAAGCUUUACCCGUGCUGGAGGAAUUGCUGAGGUACUACCCAGAUCAUACCAAAGGUUUGAUUUUAAAGGGAGACAUUUUGAUGAACCAAAAGAAAGAUAUACAGGGAGCAAAACAAUGUUUUGAGAAAAUUCUGAAAAUGGAUCCAAACAAUGUACAAGGAAAACACAACCUCUGUGUGGUUUAUUUUGAAGAACGAGACUUAUUAAAGGCAGAAAAAUGCUUAGUGGAAACACUGGCCUUAGCCCCACAUGAGGAAUACAUCCAACGCCAUUUAAGCAUUGUCCGAAGUAAAAUUGCUUCCCUCAGGUUAGGGGACGCAAGUGUGACUCAUACAGAAAAAGUAGCAUCUGUGGGAGAAAAAAAAACUCCACCUGAACACUUGAAAGAGGUAAAAAGUGAGCAAAAAAACCCUCAGACUACAAACUCUAAUGGCAGCAAGGAGCAAAGGAAAUCCAAAAAACAUGGAAAUAAAAACUCUACAGACAAAGAGACAAAAAAGAAAUCGACAAAAGAAAUAAAAGAGAUAGAGAAAAAAAGAGUUGCUGCACUGAAAAGACUGGAAGAGAUUGAACGUAUAUUAAACGGUGAAUAAUUACUUGGAGCACCACUGUAAGGGAAACUGGCAUCUAUUUUGCAGAUUUUACAUGUGCGUCGCAUGUGUUUUCAGUCAAAGUAAUCACAGGGAGCUUUUAAAUUUGGAAAGAAUAUUGAAAUGUUAACUAAAAUUGAAGAAGCUACACAAUGAAUAGGAAAAGCCAUGACUUUUAACCAAGGAUGCUUGGUUAAGGAGUUGCACAUAACGGACACACAAGGACUUUUCCAGCAAUGGAAGCUUAUAUUCUAAUAUUGCUGGUUAGAAGAAUAGCUUAUUACUCCAGAAACAAAUCUCACUAAACUCCUUAUUUGAAAGCAAGCAUGUAAGAGCUUGGCUGCAAAAUACUUGCAACCAACUAUGCUCGGUUCUGUCUGUUCUCAAAGAACGGUUAAAAUACUGAUAGAUAAAUAUUAAAGAGAGCCUCAGGUAUAUUGGUCACCAGACUAAUUUUACUAGAGAAAACCAUUGGUCUGAGUAUUUAAGCAUUACAAAUUAAUUGGAUGACUAUUAUUUUACUUCACACAUCAAAUCAUUUUUUCUAUGUAAAUGUAUGUGGCACAUUCCCAUUUUGUCUUCCUGCUUCCCUAUAAGUAUUAAUGUUCCAGAAUGCAUUGGGAAUUAAUUAGCAAAUACCACUUGUGUUUUAGUAUGAGCAUGCAUGCAUUUGAUGUUUUUUUUUAAAAAAAAACUUUAAUAAAUCACUCUAUAGAUACAGUGAUUUUCUGUAUCAUGGGGACGAGCAGGAAUACUCAUCCCCAAAAGAUAUCCCUAUCGAAAAGCUUUGUCCUGUGUUUUUUGUUGUUGUUGUCAUUGAUUUUUUUUGUUGUUGUUAUCAGCACCAUCCUGUGAUGCUUCUAAUAUAGGAAAAAUGUAACUGUUUCUGAACCGUCAUCUAUUUUUUAAGAAAUCAAUGCAAAACCUAUAGAAUCAUUUCCAAGAUGGGGGAUUUUUUUUACCUCUUUUAUGGUUGAAUGCAACUCACAAUAUAUACCAGGUAUCUUUUUAAGCUGCUCGCUGAUUAAAUUGCCUUCUUGUGAUAAUACAUUAUAAGGAAUGGCAAACCAUUACAGUUUUAUUUGCAAUCAUGGUAAUUAUGUUUUAAUAUUGAAAAUAUAGACCUGUACCACAUAAUAUCAGCCACCAACUGUUUAGGUAACUUCUAUGGAGUUUGAGGUUGAAAAGAGAGAACGGAAUGCUUCAGCUCCUUGACAAAAUGCAGGAUAUAUCUAAAAUGAAUAAAAUCCUUUGCAACAAGAAACCAUAUGUUUGACAUUUUGAAAGUCCCAGGAUUUUAAGGGACACCUGCAAAAGGAUCCUGGAAAAAAAAGGUUUCAUCAUGGUAUGAGGUAGCUAAAGAAAUGAUCUGACAUGGUAUAAGACAACUUCUUAUGUUCCUGCUUGAUGAAACAAAACAAGUAUACAAACAAAAAAAGAUAGAGUGAAAAAAAUGUCUCUUGGCUAAUAAGCAAAAGGAAUUUCUUACGAUUAGAAUUGUAGGGACUAAGUCCAUAACAUAUGGCAACUCCAAAGAAAGCCUUGAGGUAAAUAAGUCUGAUAGAAAACAUAGGCCUGAAGGAUCUUUUCUUUAGAUGCCUCAGCAAGCUACUAGCUGGAGGUGUAGUUCCCCUCCCCCAUCAUCAUGUUAUACAUGACAGAUUGUCAUGUGACAAUCAUACUUGUGAUUUACACAAAGAUUACUGAUUGCAUUAAUUCUUCAUAUAAAUUCAGAAUUCAUUUUCAUCUUGAAAGUUUCUGGUAUAAUUCCAAACAUGAUUUUUUGUUUUUAUUGCAGAAAUUUGGGCAUUACAAUUAAUUACUUGUUUUGCUAAAUUUCCUAUGGUUUUCAUUAACAGCUUUGUUAGGAUAAGAUAACUAAAUCUCUUAUCUGAAAUUUGAACUCAUCAUUUUUAUAUCUGUGACUAUAUUUUCUUCCUCAGUUUGUCUCUGGAUUACCUAAGAGUAUUUUAGUUUUUAGUUUUUUUAAGCAUUUUUUUUCCAAAUAUGUUAACUCCAUGGAUGUUGAAGAAAUGUUUACAUGAGCAAACUUACUGAAUUCUUUAUCUUAUUUUAUUUAUUUAUUUAUUUAUUUAUUUAUUUAUUUUUAAAUUUGUAUACCGCCGCUCUCCCUGAGGACUCAGGGCGGUGAACAGCCAAGUAAAAACAUAAACUACAAACAUUAAAAUACAAUUAAAAAGAUAUAUAUAAAUUUGGCCCCAUGAUUAAAAACAAUAACAGACAAUUAAAAACAUUUUUAAAAGUGUUAGGCCAGCCCGGCUUGCUGGAAAAAGAAGGUUUUAAGGGCACGGCGGAAGGCACAGAAGUCUUGGAUUCUCCUUAUCUCUGGGGGCAGCUGAUUCCAGAGGGUAGGUGCUCCCAUAGAGAAGGCCCUCCCCCUGGGGGUCACCAGCAUACAUUGUUUGGCUGAUGGCACCCCGAGGAGGCCCUCUCUGUGGGAGCACACAGGUCGAUGGGAGGUCGUUGGUAGCAGCAGGCUGUCUCGAUAACUAGGUCCUAUGCCAUGGAGCGCUUUAAAGGUGAUAACCAACACCUUGAAGCGCACCCGGAAGACCACUGGGAGCCAGUGCAGCUCACGCAGGAGAGGUGUUGUAUGGGAGUGCCAUGCGGCUCCCAUGACUACCCGCACGGCCGCAUUCUGGACCAGUUGGAGCCUCCAGGUGCUCUUCAAGGGGAGCCCCAUGUAGAGAGCAUUGCAGUAGUCCAGGCGCGAGGUGACGGCAUGAAUGACUGUGCACAGGGAAUCCCGAUCAAGAAAGGGCCGCAACUGGCGAAUCAGGCGAACCUGACAGAAGGUUCCCCUGGCUACAGCCGUCAGAUGUUCCUCCAAGGACAGCUGCGUAUCCAGGAGGACUUCCAGAUUGUGCACCCUCUCCGCGGGGGCCAAAGACUCGCCCCUGAUAGUCAGUGAUGGAGUCAACUGACUAUAUCGGGAUGCCGGAAACCACAGUCACUCAGUCUUGGAUGGAUUGAGCCUGAGCCUGUUCCUCCCCAUCCAGAUCCGCACGGCCUCCAGGCACCAGGACAUCACUUCAAGGGCAUCAUUGGGGUGGCCCGGGGUGGAGAUGUACAGCUGGGUGUCAUCAGCGUACUGAUGGUACUUCACCCCAAAGCCAUGGAUGAUCUCGCCCAGCGGCUUCACAUAAAUGUUGAGGCACCCUGAGGCAUUCCACAUAUAAGAGGCCUCGAGGUCGACCUCUGCCCCCCCUGCCAACACGAACUGCGACUGGUCUGAGAGAAAGGAGGAGAACCACCAUAACACGGUGCCCCCCAUCCCCAACUCUUCCAACCAGUGCAGCAUGAUACCAUGGUCGAUGGUAUCAAAAGCCGCUGAGAGGUCUAACAGGGCCAGAACAGAGGAGCACCCCCUGUCCCGAGCCCUCCAGCGAUCAUCUACCAACGCGACCAAUGCUGUUUCCGUGCUGUGCCUGAAACCUGACUGGAAUGGAUCUAGAUAAGACGUUUCCUCCAGGUACUGCGGAAACUGUCAAGCGACCACACUCUCGACAACCUUCGCCACAAAGCGAAGGUUGGAGACAGGACGAUAGUUGGCUAAUAGUGCCGGGUCCAGGGAAGGCUUCUUGAGGAGAGGCCUCACCACCGCCUCUUUCAAGGCCGUGGGGAAGUAACCCUCACUCAACGAAGCGUUAAUAAUUCCCUGGAGCUAGCCUCGUGUAACCUCCCGGGAAGCCAGUACUAACCAGGAGGGACACGGAUCCAGUAAACAUGUCUCCCCAGAAUCCUGUCCACAUCAUCAGGGGUCACAAAGUCAAACUCUUCCCAGAUAACGUUCUCAAGACUAUUCCUCCCCACCCUGCCCGAAUCUACCCAGUCAGAGUCCAAAUUCCCCCGGAUCUGAGCGAUUUUGUCAUACAGAUAUUGUCCGAAAUCCUCGGCCCUGCCUUCCAAGGGGUCCUCCUGCGCUGCCGGGUGGAGCAGGGAGCGGGUCACCCUGAACAGGGCAGCCGGAUGAUUCUCUGAUGACACAAUAAGAGCGGAAAAGUAAUUAAACUUUGCCGCUUUUAUCACCACUAAGGUCUUAAUAUGCGACCUUACCAGUGUUCGGUCAGAUUCAGCGAGACUGGCCCUCCAACCGCUCUCUAGGCGUCUUUUCCAGCGUUUCAUCUCCCUCAGCUCCUCGGUGAACCAAGGAGCCGCGAGGGAUCGACACCGGGUCAGAGGCUGCAAAGGCACCACUCGAUCCAAGGCCCCAUCAGCCGCUCGAUCCCAGGCAGCCACCAGGUCCUCGGCCGAGUCGUGUGCCAGAUCUUCAGGAAAUGGCCCAAGCUCCAUCUGGAACCUAUCAGGAUCUAUCAGGCGCCUGGGGCGGACCCACCUAAUUGGCUCCGCCUCCCUGCGGCGGGAUGUAGCGGUUGGAAGGUCCAGACGAAGGAGUGAGUGAUCUGACCAUGACAAGGGUUUCAUGUCUAUAUCCCCUAUAAUAAGACCACUCAACCACUGGCCAGAGAAAAAAAUCAAGUCCAGAGUGUGUCCCCCCCUGUGAUUGGGGCCAUGAACUAACUGGGUCAGGUCCAUGGGGUCCAUUAUUUUUUCCCUUUCUUCAUAACAUGUCUUAGCAUAGGUUGUGGUUAGUAUAAACUCCAAAACAAUCAGAAUUGUUACUUUAAAAUAAAAGAUGUGUCACAAGCUCAGGAAAUCCUAGUAGUUUCUACAAGACAAAGAUUUCAGUUUUUUUAAUUAAAAUAUUGAAUGGAAGGAGCCACACAGGCUAACCAAAAUAUGCAUUUGGGUUCUAGUACAGUACAAAGCACUUUUAUGCACAUACUGAUAGAUACUUAAAUACAAAGCGAGAGCUGGCAAAAUCAGCAGUUACUCUGAUGGCAAAGCAUCUCACUGAGGUGAAUUGUGAAAUAUGUGUCAGUCGAAUAUUGACAUAUAUAUCACUGUGUCAUCUUGACUGAUGUCUUGGUUUCAUCCAUAGACAACCUGACAUUACCCAUAGGCAACACUCUGAACAUCGUCCAGUUUCUCUGCCUCAUUGUUGCCGGUUGGCUUCAUCCCAUGUUAUUCCACAGAUUCUGUUCUGGGGGGAGGGAUGUGCAGAAGAGACCAUAGUGGGGAAGGAAAAUCUUACUGUGCAUGUGGAUUGCUACCCAGUCUUGAGAUAAUUGUAUAUGUUUAAACAUAAAUUGGAAUGUCUGUGAAAUAAUAAACAGUGGCUUGGUAUGUGCAUAA